AUGAUCUCAGCGGCUUUCUUGAUUGGUGUUUUGCUGUGCAGUAAUCAUAUCCAGGUGGCUUUGGUAACCAGUGAUUCUUGUAGCGCCUCCACUCAUGGUAUAACUGGUACAUGUAGGUCUGCCUGCCGUUCUGGUUGGAUACCAUGGAGAGGUGCAUGCUACUGGCUGGCAAAGGAUCACUUCAACUGGUUUGAUGCCAGAGAUGCGUGUCGUAAGAUGGGAGGUUCACUGGCAGCACCGCGGUCUGAAGAAGAAAACGUCUUUGUUGCUGGAAUCAUACAAGAAGGAGGAGAAAGCCGAGUUUGGAUCAACUGCGAUGACCUGGAAAGGGAAGAUGACUGGAAAUGCAGCAAUGAUGAAGUGGAGUCUCACUACUUCAACUGGAAUCACGGAGAGCCCAAUAAUGCAAGAGAAGAUGAACACUGUGCCAUGGUCCUUUCUGGAAGAUGGUCUGCCUGCCGUUCUGGUUGGAUACCAUGGAGAGGUGCAUGCUACUGGCUGGCAAAGGAUCACUUCAACUGGUUCGAUGCCAGAGAUGCGUGUCGUAAGAUGGGAGGUUUCCUGGCAGCACCACGGUCUGAAGAAGAAAAUGACUUUGUCACUGGAAUCAUACAAGAUGGAGGAGAAGGCCGAGUUUGGAUCAACUGCAAUGACCUAGGAAGGGAAGCCAGCCACAUCUGUUCUGUAACUAUGUUCUCAGCGGCUUUCUUAAUUGUUGCUCUGCUGUGCACUAAUCAUAUUCAGGUGGCUUUGGCUACCAGUGAUUCUUGUAGUGCCUCCACUCAUGGUAUAACUGGUAGGUCUGUGUGCCGUUCUGGUUGGAUACCAUGGAAAGGUGCAUGCUACUUGCUGGUAAAGGAUCGUUUCAACUGGUUUGAUGCCAGAGAUGCGUGUCGUAAGAUGGGAGGUUCACUGGCAGCACAGCGGUCUGAAGAAGAAAAUGACUUUGUCACUGGAAUCAUACAAGAAGGAGGAGAAGGCCGAGUUUGGAUCAACUGCAAUGACCUAGAAAGGGAAGGUGACUGGAAAUGCAGCCAUGAUGGAGUGGAAUCUCACUACUUCAACUGGAAUCUAGGAGAGCCCAGUAAUGCAAGAGAAGACUGUGUCAUGAUACACUUCUCUGGAGGUUGGGCUGAUGCCUUUUGUUCAAAAAAGUAUCUUGUUCUUUGCAAGUCUUUUCAAACAACCCUGCAUCUAUAUUAAAACAAUCUUGAGUUAUCAAUUCAAGUUUGAUGAUUUUUUUUUUUACAUUAUUUCCAUUUAAACACUGGUUCAGUGCUAUAACUCUUGGUAUGGAACAAACCCAAUUCCUUUUUUUGUAAAGAAUCAGAAUAAAUAUUCAAUAUGUUUGGAAUACAGAAACAAGAGUAUCAGUCAUAUACAUAUACAAUUCUAUAAAUUAAGAAUGUCUUUAUCAAUCCAAACUGGAGGAAGUAAAAAAUUAAGAAAUCAGUGAUAUGAUCUGUGAAAUUUGUAGCUUUUAAUGUUCUCGUAUUGUAUACAAACAAUGUACAUAAUGUAGCCAACAGUGCUAAUGUUAAUUACCUUGUUCAGAAAGUUGUGAUUUGCUUUUACACUGUAAUCAAAAUACAUCAAUCAUACCAAAAUAAAUUAGCCCUUC